AUGAUAUCUAUCGGCUUUUUGGAGGUCAAUGCAUCAACAACAGGAGCCCCCAGCCGUGGCAUGUCUACGCUGUCGCAGACAAAAGGUCCGAUCUCCGGUAUCCCCUUUGGCAUUGCCGUUGCAACUGCCGACCUCAAGUACAGUAUUACUAACGAUCCCUACAGCUCAGAUGCACGCGUGAGCGGCCGGAAUGUCGUCGCUGCCAACGACUCCAGUCCCCAUGCUGCUACCCAUCGCCACCAGACCGGAAACGUCUCGCCCUUCAGCGGGCCCAACAAAGAAGCUCACAUCUCGAUGCUAACGGACUGGCCAGGACCCUAUGACCGACCGGAGGAACCGGCUCUUCCGACCAUCACGGGGUCCCUUGCCAGCCAAACAGCUCCAGUCCAAGAAAGCCUUGCAGCUGCCCAAGUGCCAAUGGAAGUAGCUCUCUUCCUGUUCGAGAUCUACUUUGAACGACACUAUCAAGCCCAUCUGCUCUUCCGAAAAGAUGAUCUUAUCGAGAGUUACAAGGCAGGGAAUUCUUGUCGUUAUGUUAUUCUUGCCACGUUUGCCUUCGCGUCCUUGUUUCUCCAUUCUGUUCCGGGAGGCAUCUUCCAGGGCGAGAUUGGCAUCGCCGAGGUUUCUCUAGCCGAUUGGCAGGUCAUCGGCCAAAGAUGGGGAGAAGAGGCAAGCCAGCAAGCUCUGAUGAGAGCCGAUGAGCCAUGCCUAGAACUUGUACAGGCAUGUCAGGUUUUGGCACUCUUCUGUUCGGAGAAUUCACGGUUCUACGUCGAUUGCUGGGCGAGUGUCGAGGGCCGACAACUCCCCGCCGACAACGAUGACACAGUACAGGGACCUCCGUAUUACUUGGAUAAGACUGGAACUCUUAUGUCAAGUGGAGAAGGCGCCGAACUAAGCUUCAACUCUGUCUCGAUCGUGGUCCAAGAGCUAUGGUGGGAAGUUCAGCAAUUUGUAGGCUUGAUUCACGGGCAUCAGGGCAGUCAGUCAGAAUGGGCCUCAAAAUACUGCUCCCUAGACCAAAGACUGCAGGAUCUCCCCAGCCACCUAGCCAGCUACAAGCAGAAUGUUUUGACUUGUGACCCAAUUAUGGCGCCAACCCACGACUUUGCCCGUGUUCUUUCCCUGAGGAGUAUCUAUGAGCUAUGCCUUGUCUAUCUAUACUCUUCUGUUGUUCCUGCUUUGUCUUGCCGCAGAGAGACACCUCGCUUCUCGCAGCUAAUGCUACAGCAAGCGGCCGAACAGGCUUAUGAGCAUUCUCUGACAAUAACAAGCAUGGCCAAGCAAUAUUUGUCGUCGAGGGAAUCUGCUUCGAAACUAUGGCCUAUUGUUGGGUACAGUGCUUAUGUGUGCGCUGCCGUCCAACUGCGUCGAUGCCUUGCUAUUGGCACACUUGACGAAGCGUGGUAUGAGCGCAAUAAAACAAAUCUGCAAAUCACGGGUGAGCUCGGGAAAUACUGGAUGACUUUACAACCACUUCACGACGACAUGGAACGGCAGUUCUUCCAUGCUCGCAGACUUAUUAACUCUCGUUCAGUAGCUCUGUCACAGUGUGAUACAGAAUUUGCGUCAGAUGGGGCUCCCUUGACUGAUGAUAGGCCUGCGGAACUUUCAACCCAUAUCCGUAUCUAUGCCGCAAGCAAUGAUAGCAUACCAGGCUCAGGUGCACAGGAAGGGCAAUCCACCGCGGAUGGUGUAAUAGUGACACCACCAGUCUCAGACGCUCAGAAUGCUUCUAUUCCCUCAUCAGGGUUCUCGGGCCCUAUAGCUUUCACAACUACGGAUCAGCCAUCAGUGAGUUCUGGGGACGAAAUCCCUGUGGGGAGUAGUCUAGAUUUGAGAGUUGAGCCUAUAUGGUGGAACCAAAGUCCUGAUAUUCUAGGUGACAUGUUUAGUUAUGACUUCUUUCUCCCAAACAGUAUUAGCUCUUCUCAGAAUAUAUACUAG